AACCAUCAGCUGAGAUCAGCAUAAAUAUUUAGAUUUUCAUCAAAAUGCUGGCCUGCGAAAAAAGUCGAGAAACGAUGCAACAGAACAGAUAAUAAAAGUUUUCAGUUAACUAGAAAACAGCAUAACAACAUUGUCAUGGUCAGUUACUUUAAAUGAGUUAUGGCGGAAGCAGAAAGCUCAAAGGAUGUGAAUACAAAUCCAGGUGAUGAAUGGACUUGUUCUCACUGCACUUUAACAAACGCUUCAAGUGAAGUGAAGUGUAUUGUGUGCUAUAACAACAGACUUGUGGUUGGAGAGAAAGAAAAUAUACAAUACACUCCAGAAGAAAAUCUCUUGCCAAAAUUUCAGAAUAAUGUACUUGUUACAUUCUUUCAAGAUGCACGUUCAAAAGCAUCUAAGUUUUUCAUUGACCCGAUUGCUUCUAGCCAUGUGCCAAACCUUUUUGUAUCUAAAGACUGUAAUCUACUCGAUUUAGCAUGUAACAAUAACGAAAAAAAGGAAGAUUUUUAUGAAACACAAGUUAAAAAUGAUAGAAUAUUAGAAAUAGAAAAAAAUAAUUUUGUAAAAAAUGAUGUUGGGAAAAACAUGUACUCAAAGCAGACCAGCAAGUUAUCUGAAAAUUUAAGAUUGAACCAAGAAGAAAUUGCUCUUGAAAAGUGGAAGGAAAUUGUCAAUUUUUGCAAGGAGACACAGAUAAAUUUCAUCGAUGACUCUUUCCCACCUGCCAACAAAUCUCUUACCUAUACUGGGGCACCAUUCUCUAAAGUCAGUAAAUGGUUACGUCCGAAACAAAUAUCAACAAUGAGCGGAAAGAAAACAGCAUGGCAGGUGUUUCGAUCUCCAAGGCCAUCUGACAUCAUUCAGGGAACUAUUGGAAAUUGUUGGUUCCUUAGUGCUUUAGCAGUGGUAUGUGAAAAACCUGAGUUGCUUGAAAAAAUUAUGAUAACUAGAGAAAUAUGCGAAGAAGGUGUAUAUCAAGUUCGUAUCUGUAAAAAUGGCAAAUGGGUUAUUGUUUUGGUGGAUGAUUUAUUACCUUGUGAUCGCAACGGAAAACUUGUCUACUCGCAGGCUGAUAGAAAUCAACUUUGGGUUCCAUUAAUUGAGAAAGCUGUUGCAAAAUCAGUUGGAUGUUAUGAAGCAUUAAUCGCUGGCCGAUGUAUCGAAGGUUUGCAACUGAUCACUGGUAGUCCUUGUGAAAGUAUUGUCCUCAGAAAUAAACCUGGAGAUGCCCCAGAAGAUGCAGUUGAUAAGGAUUUAGUCUGGGCAAGACUUCUGAGUUGUCGCAACGCAGGGUAUUUGAUGGGUGCAUCAUGCGGUGGAGAUAUUUCAGAUGCACAUUUAAUGGCUUCGUAUAAACAAGUUGGAUUGGAAGCACAACACGCGUAUUCCGUACUAGAUGUUCAGCAAGUGGAAACUAACAGGCUUAUAAGACUUCGUAAUCCAUGGGGACGAGGUUCUUGGACAGGGGCAUGGUCUGAUUAUUCACCUCUUUGGACGGACACACUACGGAAUUUGUUACGCGCUCAUGGCUCAGACGAAGGUGUAUUUUGGAUCUCGUUAGAGGAUAUGAUCAAAUAUUUUGAUUGUGUUGAUGUUUGUAAGUAUCAGCGUGAGUGGACGGAAGUAAUGUUGGAAGGAACGUUUGCAUCACCAACAAACCAUGGACAAGUCUGUCACAUCACUGUAUUUGCGCCAACAGAGAUUGACAUAACUUUAUUUCAGGAAUCUAAUAGAGGUUCACAAACAGAGUCCUUAGCUAGUUUGGAUCUUUGGAUUGGUGUGUUUCGAGCAACGUCUGGAACAGCUGAACCUAAACCAAUCAAGUAUAUAGCUCACAGUGAUCGCAAGUUGAAGCCAUCUGUUUUAUGCAAUGUCUUCCUUGACGUUGGUGAAUAUCUCAUAGUACCAGCUGCUUUCAACCAUUGGAACAGUGGUGUGACGUACACCAAACCGUUAAAUUAUGUCUUAUCAAUACAUAGUUCCAAAGCUGUACUGACUGAUCAUAUACCGAUGACACGGUAUUCGUACUCAGACGCUUUGUUUCUUAUGGUAGAAAAGUUAGGUCGAAAGCACCAGGGCAUAGAAGGGGUGACGUGUUAUUACAUGUCACAUAAACUUGCUGGUCUCAUCGUGGCUGCAGAGAAUCGCCGUCCUGAUGUCCACCUCCUUGUAGAUUGUGAUUGCAAUAAAAGUUUCAAUGUCGUGUCAACCAGAGGAUCUUUGGUUACAAGUGAUUGUGUGCCGCCCUUAAGAAGACAAAUUUUAAAUGUGCUUACGCAGUUAGAAGGCACCGAUGGUUACUCGGUGUGCCAUCAAUUAAAAUUUCGUAUAUCACAAGCGAACGCUUUUGGUGGUGAUGGCUCCCAUCAAGACCCUUUAUUGAAAAACGGAUUGGCUGAAAUCCACAAUCCAAGAGAACUAUAGCCCUGUGUUUGCAUAUCUAGCAAGUAACAUUUUCAGGUGCUGAAGUUUUGGUUUGUUGUUGGUUGUAUUAUUUUAGUGUUUUCGUUACUUUUUUGUUGAUAUUUUUAUUGUUUUGUCAGAACCAUCAAAUCGUGGAAGUGACGCGUUUGAAGAGGUUUUUUUAUCCAUAGUUACGUUAAGAAUUGUAAAUAUUUCAUUUAUUUAUAUAAUAAUAAACAUAUUUUCUUUUUUAGAUUUUUUACUAAAAAUCGAUAACAAUAUACCCUUUUGAAUAUGAAA